AUGAUAUCGCAGCAACCCGGCGUCCGCGAACGCUCCGAGGUCGCCUUUCACACCGAGGAUCAACCUCAGAAUCAAGAUGUGCCCGCAGCGAAGUCUUCAAACGCCAGCUUGCGCAGGAUGAUCUCCGGCGUCAACAGCGGCAACGACAAGAGCCCGCCGACCUCGCAGAAGAACGACGUCGAGCUCGAAUACGAUCUCCAGCAGAUUCAGCAGACCGAGAUGUCGAAGCUCAUCGAGACGUCUUCCAUACCACCAGCGCGAGACUCGCAGUCUGAGCGCGAGCGAUGUGGGAGCAAGCUGUCAACUUGGGCGUGCACGAUGGCAAUCCUGAUCCAUACUUUGCCCCAGCUCACCCCUUCUCCGCUUGCCAUACCCACCGAAGUUCCUCGCGCCGCUGUCGAUGUCGACGGCAAGGGCAAAGAGAAGGAGGGAAGGAGCCGACAGCCGCCACUUCUUCCGACACACUUCAAGUUUGUCAGGCAGCACAGAACUAUCCUUAAUGCCGCGACUGCGGCUUUACCUCUACCGACUACGCAACAUAUCACUUUUGAUUCCGCAAUGCGGAGGCGGGAGGUGAGGACCCAGGAGUUGCUCUCCUUCGCAGGUGUUCUGGAAGAUGUCCUGGAGAUCGCGCAAGACCUUGCUCCCGCGCGGAUGUACAAGCUCGGUCAGGCUGUGCCGGAGGCGGUCGCUCCCAGGACGCAGAUGGAGCCGAGUCCAUCUCGCCCUAUGGCGAAGGGAGUCAUGAUCGGCCAGUCGCGGUUGUGCGCGCUCCUUGCGGAUAGGUUAGCGAAGGAUCAUGGUGUUCACGUCGAGACGAACACGGCGCUGCGCGGGCUAGAGCAGCAUCCCGACAAGGUCACCGUCAGCCUCGCCAAGACCGGCGAGGACGGGAUGGAGGUCGUCGAAAAAUCUGACGUCGACUGGGUCGUAGGCGCUGUUCGCAAGCUCCUUGGUCUAUCGUUCCAUGGCGACCAGCAUGCGGGGCGGUGGGUCGUUGCCGACGUGCGCAUGCAGCAGCCCUGGACAGACGCAACGCGAUUCCAAUACUGGUUCGGCCAUCCCCGCGAACGAUGUCUGAUGGUGCGACCGACGGAGUUCGACACCCCAGAUCUCGCGCAAGCCACAAUAGUCGGUGAUGGCAUCGAUACGACGUAUCUUGCGGCGCACCCUGAAGAGUUCCUACGAGUCGCCCACGACAUCAUAUCCGACCCUGCCAUCAAACUGGCCAAGGUCGAAUGGAUUUCGGAGUACAGACCGAGUAGUCGUAUGGUCGACCGAUUCAGCGAGGGAAGAGUAUUCGUGGCCGGAGAUGCCGCUCACGUUCACCCUCCGACUGGCGGCCAGGGUCUCAAUUCGGGGGUUCAAGAUGCCGUCAACCUCGGCUGGAAACUGGCCUUGGUCGCCAAAGGCCUUGCCCCCACUUCGCUCCUCUCCAGGCAAACGAUCACAAUACACGCAGAAACCUAA